AAGGCUUUUGGGAGGGCCCCCCGAGAAGACCCCCCUCCCUUGGCCCCCUCCUCAGCCUUCCCAAACUCCCCACCCGGGAACCCAGGUCUGGAGGGUCCCGAGAGACCCUGCUUGGCUGGGGAAGAUGGUUCCACCGGCAGCGAGAGGAAGGAUGGGGAGGAUGGUGAGGAAGCCCCCUCAGAUGCCACCACCUCUUCCACGUCUGGGAAGCCCACGGGAGCCACGAGCCACGGAGGGGCCUCCCCGGCUGCCCCGGGCUACGAGGAGAGGCUGGAGGCCUACAACCGCAAGUACAGCUACCUGAAGUCCUGGCCCGGCCUCCUGAGGCUCCUCGGGGGGCUGGAGCUCAUCCUGGGGGGAAUGGCCUUUGCCUGCACCGCGGCCUACAUCCAAAAGGACUACCAGUGGUCCCAACUUUACGGCAACAGCUUCUCCGGAACGGACUACGGCUCCUACGUGCCCAUGACCCCCUUUGUGCUGGUGGUGGCCAGCCUGGUCUGGCUGCUGACGGUCAUCCUGCUGGCCCUGGGGGUGACCAUGCACUACCGGGCCAUCCUGCUGAACUCCCACUGGUGGCCCCUGGCCGAGUUCUCCCUCAACCUCUCCAUGUUCCUGCUCUACCUGGCGGCCGCCAUCGCCUACGUCCAGGACGUCAACCGGGGUGGGCUCUGCUACUCGGCCUUUGCCUACGGCCCCCUCCUCACGGCUCUGUGCCGGGUCGAAGGGGGGCAGGUGGCCGCCCUGACCUUCCUCUUCCUCGCCCCCUUCCUGUACCUGACGGGCUCCCUCGUCUGUCUCAAGAUGUGGCGGCACGAAGCGGCCCGUAGGACGCUGAUCCCGGUAAGACCCCC